AAGGACUUUAAUAAUUCAACUCAAAUGUUAAGCUGACUUGGUAGUUGGCAGAAUCUAAAUUCAUGGAAGUCUCUGCUAAAAGUUCAUUGAUAUAGUGGGCUUGUGGGACUCUUCACCUUGAGUAGCUGAGUAUAAAGCUCAUGGAAAAAUGGCUGGAGCAAGUACUUCAAAGUCUCCUGCUAGCAACGAAUCUCAUUCGGGAGCAAGUAGUUCAAAGUCACCUGUUGAAGUGGAACUACAGGCACAUCACUCUAUCAAUAUCGCUACACCUCCUCCGCCUCGUCCUGAGUCUGAUACUCCUGUCAGGCAGCAGCGCCGAAUUCCCGAUUUACCUUCAUCCAAAUAUCUUUCUGAGAAUGAAAGAAAAAAUUACCUAGCUUUUUGUUUGCCACUCCAUAAAGCUGCACUCAGAGGUAACUGGAAAGUUGCCCAAGCGAUCAUUGACGAGUGUCCGGAUAUAGUGAAUGUGAGCAUUACCAAGAAUUAUGAAACUGCUCUGCACAUUGCAUCGUCAACAAAGCAUAGUGACUUUGUGGAAAAGCUGGUGGACUUGAUGAAUCCUAAGGAUUUGUUUCUUCAAAACAGAAACUGGAAUACAGCUCUGUGUUUAGCUGCAGCAGCUGGAACAGUUAAAUCUGCUGAGAUUAUGGUGGGAAGCGAAUCCCGCCUUCUCAAAAUACACGGAAACCAUAAUAUGUCACCACUUCUGAUGGCGGCUUUGUUUGGACACAAAGAUAUGGUGUCAUUUCUGUAUUCUAAGACUAUGAGUAUGUCAGAUAAUGAUUGGACUGGAAGGGAUAGAAUAACGUUACUGGAGGCUUGCGUCAGUGCAAAUUUAUACGAUGUUGCAUUACAAUUACUGGAAGUGGAACAUUACAAGAAAGAAUUAGCUCUGACAACUGACAAGAAUGCACUUCUUGUUUUGGCUAAAAAUCCCUCUGUAUUUGCUGGAACAGGGCAGCCUGUAUGUUGGAGACUGCUUAAUACAGGCAAGUUGUCUGCGAGUGAACUUAUUAUUCUUUAUGACCCGGUAUGCAUGUAAUAUAUUAUAUAUACGGUGGUGGAGUGAGCCACAAAAUUUAGGGUGUGCCGAUAAAACAUGAUGCUACUCAACUAAAAAAUUACAGUAACUGAGAAAAAGCAUUGCUAUUGUUAGGAUUUGAAUGAAAAAAAAACAUACAUCUGUUGCUGCUAUAUGGUCUUGGACAACUCACCUAAUUGAAAUU